GCGACGAUCCCGAUGAUAGAAGUUCAUUUGCUCGUGGAAUCACAGCUGUAAUAAUUUUUUCCAACUAUCGCUUAUCCGCAAGCAACACUCAUUCUAAAAUCCUUUAUCACGAUGAUCAAUUUAUCAUUCCGAACUUUGUUUUGUUUGCUGAUCAUCACAUUUUUUCGAUUGGCGAGCACUGAAACGUCCAUCAGCCAAAACAUGACUGAAAGAGUCGAAGUCGAAAUGUCGCCAUCUCCAAGAGAAAAUACAGGAGGAGGCGAUCAUUUGAACGUUACAACGACUGAAGCCGCACAAUUUUUGAAACUGGUGAAACGGCUGGCACCCAGGAACCCAAGGUGCAACACGGCCUGUCAAAGCAAGGAUGACUGCCCCCUCCAUCUGGGGUGCAAUGCUUGUUGCCUCAGGCGCCGUUACUCGGGAAAGGGAACCAUGCCAAUCGGGUAUUGCAGACGACCCACCAGGUCGACUGAUAAAUACGAAAUUGAAAUAUUGCCACAGGAAGUGGAAGAAGAAGAAGGCGAUGAUUGGAAUUACACUCCAUUUGACGCCUCGUCAUUCUUGACUUUAGUGAAGCGGUCUCCAAACGCCAGAAAAUGCGGCUCCAGUUGCAUGUCAAACAGGGAUUGUCCCAUGUUUCGUCGGUGUCGAUCGUGUUGCAUUCGGCAGAGAAACAAAUCCAGGCCGCCACCAAGUGUUGGCAUUUGCACUACAAUUUUCAGAGGAUGCAUAAAACCGCCUCGUCGUUGAAGGAUUCAUUUCCACCGAUAAGAAUAAAUAU